AUGGAGGUGGCGCCGGACCAGCCCCGCUGGAUGGCCCAUCACGCAGUGCUCAACGCGCAGCAUCCGGACUCGCACCACCCGGGCCUGGCGCACAACUACAUGGAACCCGCGCAGCUGCUGCCCCCAGAUGAGGUGGAUGUGUUCUUCAAUCAUCUGGACUCACAGGGCAACCCUUACUACGCCAAUUCGGCCCAUGCCCGAGCGAGAGUCUCCUACAGCCAGGCACACGCGCGCCUGACUGGGAGCCAGAUGUGCCGGCCUCACCUUCUGCACAGCCCCGGAAUCCCGUGGCUGGAUAGCGGCAAAGCGGCGCUGUCGGCGGCUGCGGCCCACCACCACAACCCCUGGACCGUGAGCCCCUUCUCCAAGGCACCCCUGCACCCAUCGGCAGCUGGUGGCCCGGGCACGCUCUCGGUGUACCCUGGCGGAGGCAGCGGCGCCAGCGGUGGCGGCUCGGUCUCCUCUCUCACGCCCGCUUCACACUCGGGGUCUCACCUCUUCGGCUUCCCCCCGACCCCGCCCAAAGAGGUGUCCCCGGACCCCAGCGCCAGCAGCGCGGCCUCGCCAGCUUCGUCAUCGGCUGGAGGGGUCCGGCCAGAGGACAAGGACGGCGUCAAAUACCAAGUGACACUGUCUGAUGGUUUGAAGAUGGAGAGCGGCAGCCCCCUGCGGAGCAGCCUGGCUUCCAUGAGCGGGCAGCCAUCCACGCACCACCCUAUCCCCACAUACCCCUCCUAUGUGCCCGCUGCCCACGACUACAGCGGCAACCUCUUCCACCCAGGCGGUUUCCUGGGCGGCCCCGCCUCCAGCUUCACCCCCAAGCAGCGCAGUAAGGCCCGCUCCUGCUCAGAAGGCCGAGAGUGUGUGAACUGCGGGGCCACAGCUACCCCACUCUGGAGAAGAGAUGGCACUGGGCACUACUUGUGUAACGCCUGUGGGCUCUACCACAAAAUGAAUGGGCAAAACCGGCCACUCAUCAAACCCAAACGGAGACUGUCGGCAGCCAGGAGAGCUGGGACCUGUUGUGCCAAUUGCCAGACAACCACCACCACCUUAUGGCGCCGAAACGCUAACGGGGACCCCGUCUGCAAUGCCUGUGGCCUCUACUACAAACUGCACAAUGUGAAUCGGCCACUGACCAUGAAGAAGGAGGGUAUCCAGACCCGCAAUCGGAAGAUGUCUAACAAAUCCAAGAAGAGCAAGAAGGGUGCUGAGUGCUUUGAGGAACUGUCCAAAUGCAUGCAGGAGAAGUCCUCCCCCUUCAGUGCUGCAGCCCUGGCCAGCCACAUGGCCCCCAUGGGUCACCUUCCACCCUUCAGCCACUCGGGACACAUCCUGCCCACACCUACUCCCAUCCACCCUUCUUCCAGCAUCUCUUUUGGACACCCCCACCCAUCCAGCAUGGUGACUGCCAUGGGCUAAGGGCAGCAGCCAGGGUGCGGGGCCUCA